CCUUCACAGCGCUGCUGCUGCUGCUUCACUCUGCGCGUUAAACCUCCCUGAGCACUGCCGCGGGCUAUCACACACACACACACACACACACACUCUGACCACUGUCCGCGCGGUUUUAUUUCGGUUUGUUUGCUUGUUUGUUUGUUUGUUGUUUCCUCCGGGAUGGGAGCGAGCACAUCCGUGCAGCAGGACGCCAAGAUCGGCGAGGACGCGCGCGCCGCGGACCUGAGUGAGACCCGCGAUGAUGACACCGGCGACGCGAAGCAGUUGCAGAAGAAUGGACAGAUCUCAAUCUCCAGCCUGAACGGGAAGACGGACGAGCAGACAGACUUCACAGGACAAGACGACGAUGAAACUCUGGCUGAGGUUGGCCAGACAGAGGCCAUGCCUGAGAAAGAGGACAGCCCUGAAUCAAUCGAGGUCCUCCAGGAGGAGGUCUCGCCUCAAGUUAAUGGCGAGCAUGAGGAAAAUGAGUGUGUCAGUGCAGAUGAAAUUAAAGCCACAGAAGAGAAAGUAGCUGAGGAGAAACCAGCUGAGUCCAAUGAGGUGGGUUUCAAGAAGAUCUUCCGAUUUGUUGGCUUUAAAUUUACACUGAAGAAGGACAAGAAUGAGAAGACAGAGCCUGUACAGCUCUUGACAGUGAAGGAAACUGAGGAUGGUCAUGUAGAAGCUACUGUUGAGGAAACCAAAGAGGAACCUGUAACAGCAGAAAUCCAACUCGAGGAUGAAAAGAAGGUGGCUCCUCCGGAAGUGGAGAAAGAGGCCAGUGCUGAAGAUGCUGCAAAGCCUGAAACAGAGCCAGACAUCCCUGCAACUGAAAUGUCGGCAGAAACUAAAUCAGAUGAUGCUGAUGAAACCGAAAAGAUGCCAGCUGAUGAGUCAGCUGAAGAAGUGGAACCUUCACCUGAGAAAGACAAAGAACCAGAAACACAAGAAGAAUCUCCUACAUCUCCACCAUCUCAAGAGAUACAGUCCCCUUUCAGAAGAUUUUUCACUCAGGGUAUCUUCUCUAAUCUGCGAAAAAAGACAAGUGUCAAGAAGACUAAGGAAGAGGAAGCAGUAAAGGAAAAAUCUGCUGAGGAGGAUGUAAAGGAGACUGAGGAGAAAGAGGAAGAAGCAGUAGCAGAAGGGGAAGAACAAGUCAAGGAGGAUGCAGUGAAUGAAGUGGAAACUGGUGAACAGGUAGAUAAAUCAGCACCAGAAAAAUCUGAAGCAAGUCCAGAGGAAGCACCAUCUACCCCUGAGCUGCCAAAGGAGGAGCUGAAAGUGGAGGUUGUGAUGGCAAGUGAAGCUGCACAAGUACAAGAGCCUCCUAUUGUUGAACAAACUACAACUUGUGAAGUAUCAGAAACCUCUGCUGCUGAAGAAAAAGAUGAGACCAAACCCUCUGAUGAUGAUAAACUUACUGAUGACAAGUCAACUGAGGAACAACAGACUUCUGAGAAAUCCCCUGCAGAAACAACCAGUGAAACUGAAGCUGAAGUUCAGCCAUCCCAAGACAAAGCCAAGGCUCAAGGAAGUCCACUGAAAAAAUUGUUUACUGGAGCAGGAUUAAAGAAGUUGUCCUCCAAAAAGCAAAAGGGCAAAAAAGAAACUGAGUCGAAGCAAACAGAAACUGAGCAGGCAGCUGAUCAGACUCAGUCCUCCACCGAAUCAGGUGAGGCUCAAAAACCUGAUAGUGGAGCUUCGUCUCCAGAAGAAUCUGGUGAGCAUGUUGUAGGUGAGGCAAGUCAGGCUGAGGUCAGUGUGGAAGCCGAAGGUGAGGCAGCCACCUCCGACAGUGAGAAGAAGAAAGAUGGCAUCCUUCAUUGGUCCUCUUUUAAAAAAUUAGUCACUCCAAAGAAACGUGUCAAGAGGUCAUCUGAGAGUGAAGAUGAGGCUCCAGGGGACAAGCCAAAAUCAGCCACCCUGUCAUCAACAGAGAGUGCUGUUUUUGAAGAGAAAACUGAGGAAGUUAAACCAAGUGAUGAAGUAAAGGAAGAGGAAGAAAAAGAGGAAUCAAAAGAAGCUGAGUGCAAGACUGAGACAAAAGGUGAAAAGACUGAACAAAACGCAGAAGAGCCAAAGAAAAAGAUUGACACAUCAGUAUCAUGGGAAGCCCUUAUUUGUGUGGGAUCAGCUAAAAAGAGGGCCAGGAAGACUUCUGACUCUGACGAUGAAGAACCCAAGAUAGAGGAAGAGGUUCAGCAAUCUGGAGAAGAACAGCCCAAGACUGAAGAAGCUCCUCUUGAAAACUCACAGGAGGUUGAGCAUGAAAAUCUGGCUUCUUCUCCAGAACCAGAAGGAGAGCUCGUCUCUACAUGGGAGUCCUUCAAAAGGCUGGUAACACGUAAGAAACCCAAGUCUGAUGAAGCACAAGGUCCAGAGCAGGCAGUGUCUGACAGUGAACUUCCCAAAGAGGAGUCAUCUUUUUCCCUUAGAAAACUAAUUCCCCGCAGAAAAAAGAAGUCUGAUGCUAAACAAGGGCAAGCGUCUUCUGAUGUUGGCUCUGCAGAAGAAGACUCUGACACACCUGCAGUGGUACCACUUUCAGAAUAUGAUAAUGAAAAAUCAGAGAAGGCUACAGAUGAAGAAGCAAAGACAGAGGAGGCAAAGCCAGAGGCCACACCAGUCACUCCUGGAAAAGCUUCAGCUGAGGAAAGAUCUCCUUCUUGGAUCUCAGCUACUAUGGAGACUGUUGAAGGUGAGGAAGAGGGAAAGCCGCUGAGUGAUAUACCUGAAGAGGGAGAUACAGCUGCCACACCUAAAUCAACUGAUAACACCAUUGCAGAGGACAUCGUAGAGUUUACUUCAGAAGCUAUCACUGCCAUUGAGCCAGCAGAGGAAACAGAAAUGGUUUCUGCUCUAUCUCGCAUCACAGAGUCACCUGUUACCUCUGGUGAGACUUCACCAGUUCCUGAUGAUGGUGUAGUAAAGAAGACUGAAGCCAUUUUACAAGAAGCUGUGCAAACUAUCACUAUUACAUCAACUGCAGUGGCUGUCACAGUAACUGAAGAGCAAACUAAAAGUAUGGCUGUCACCACAAGCCCGUUCCAGAUUGAAUCAGCUAUUAAAGAGGAAAAGGUGGUACUGGCUGUUCAUGAGAAAAGUGAAGCAACAACCAUCUGCACCGGCCUUGAUACCAGUGAAAUUACAGCUGCGGAAGAAGAGAGUACUUUGCAGGCUACAGUGGAAGCUGUUACCACUGUCAGUGAGGCGCUAUCUGUAGAGGUGACUGCUGAGGGCCCAACUUUAGAACCUGAAGAAGCUGAAGUAGCAGAAGAUAAAAUUUUUGUGGCACAGGUUACCGAAGUUCUAACUGAGUGCAAAGAACAGCCUUCAGCUUCAGUGGAAAGUACUGUGGAGGAGACUUUAGGGGUCUCAACUAAGGAUGAGUUCCAGGAAGCAACAGCAGUCAAAGUAGCAGUGGUCACGGCCACUCAACAGGAGGUGGAGAUUCUUGAGGAACCAGUAGUGGCCGAAGAUAGUCCAAAGGUGGUGGUAGAGAGUACUGUUGAAUCAACUAUAGAACAGCCAGUUUGUGAGCAGUCAGUGGAGAUCACUGAAGUUACUGCUGCUGAAGGAGAGGUGAAGGAGCUAAAAGAGGUUGAAGAAUCAGUUGCCAGUGCUGAGGCAGAAUCUGUAGAAGUAGCAGUGACUGUGUCAGAAGAAGUUACAACAUCAUUUGCAGAUACCCUUGUAACUGAGACAACUACAUCUCAGGAAGAUCCUAUCCCUGUCCUUGCUCCUACAGAGAAGCCUGCAGAGACAGAAGAGAUUGUUUGUGUUAGCCCACCCUCAGAAGCUAAAACAGAAGCAGAGGUAAAGGGUGAGGUUGUUUCAGAGGACGUUUUAACCACUGAAGUCCACAUGACAGAAAAGGUUGAGGUUGUAAAUGCAGAAGUUACACCCUCAAGUGUCAGCUCUGUGACCGAUAAAUCAUGUGAGAAAGAUGAAGAAGAAGUGGGAGUGAUGCAUGUGAAGGAAGUAGAAGCCAUUCAAGAACAGAGCACAGUCAUUGUCCAGGAAGUCCUUCAAAAUGUUGUUGAAAACCUCAGCGAAAUGCACAUGGGAGCAGAAGAGAAGCCUGUGGAGGUGAUUGAGACAGCAGAACCUGAUGAGGUCCCUUCUGCAGCUGAGGAGGGAAAAGCAUCACAAGAUGAACCAGUCUCAAAAGUUCAAGAAGAAACCAAACCUGAAAUUGAGAACAAAGCUGAAGAAGAACCAGCACAGAUCAUUACUGAGAAAUUACCAGUCAAUGAAAGCAUUCAGAUUUCUAAAGUUGUUCUGGGCUCGACAACAGAAGAAAUUAAAGCGCAGGAGGAAGAGGUGUCCUUAGUCUCUGUAGAAGCAACAGAACUGUGCAAAGAUGUAGUAAAGCAGAAAGUGGAAUUGGAGGAAGGUGAAAAAAAGGUAGAGGAAGGCAAAGCAGGCAUUACAAAAAGCGAAGACGGAAAAUGUCAAGUUGAGAAAGAUCAAAAUGAGGAACCGAGUGGAAGCAUAGAGACACCAGCUUCAGAGGAAAGCAGUCAAACACAAUCUGUCACUCUUGUAAGCACACAGCAUGCUGAGAUUGUCAAGGAGACAAAGAUUGAGACAACGACUGAGAUCAGUGUUGGCAUCACACAUGUCGUAGAUGCUGAUGAAAAAGCGAUGCAAGCCAUGAAAGAAGAAGAAGACAGCACCAAGAGUCAGGAGCCAUCAAAAGAUGUGUCUCAACCAGACUUGGAAGAGGCACAAAAGGAUAUUUCAGCACCAGACAUGAAAGGCCAGGAGGGGUCCGGAGAUCCGGAGUGUCAAAAGACAGAUGCUGCAGCCAGUGAAGUGAAACCGGCUGAUGAGGAGGCACCAAAAGCAACUGAAGAAGGGGACGCGGAGAAGGAGGUCGUCACCACAGAGAUCGCUACAGAGUCAUGAGCCAGUGGUUGAACAGGAAGCUCCUGUAGAUGAUACAAGCAUGGAAAAAAGAGCCAGAGAUCCUCAUCCAUCCAUCCAUCCGUCUAUCCAUCCCUUAACAUCUUUUCCUGACGUCUUUGUUCCGGCCCACUUUGUGAAACGUUGACCCACAGCAUCCCGUCACCCCGGUGACUCCGAUGAGUUGUUGCAGAGAGCUGUUACUCAUCUCACCCGAAUUGUUCAUUUUUUUUAAAUGAUUUUUUUUUCUCCUGACAUUUUAUUGAGGUUAUGCUGUGUCGUGAAGGGCUGCUGUCAGUACAGAGAAAUGUGUGUGUGUGUGCUUUAUGUGCGUAUGUAAACGUGUGUGUGUGUGUGCGUGUGUGUGAUCUUAUCUUGUAUAUUGUAUUUAUAUAUCUAAAAUAUUCCGUCACCCAGACACAAGUUAGUUUUAUUUUUUAAACGAAACAUGGUACACGUGUGCAGUUCAGCAUCAGUGUGUGUUUAUUAGAGCCAGCAUAUUCAUUUCCAUUCCUACUGUACCUUUAUAAACAUACUUUAUUUCUUGACUGUGAAACUUUUCUCCCUUUACGUUCUCCUGUGUGUUUGAGAAGCGCACGCUAUCCUGAAUCACUGCUUUCACCUUUAACAUGUGAAUGAAUGACUAGAUUCUAAUAAUAAACCAGAUACGACAGCACCGUUCAGUGGCACGUGAAGUACAGUAUGUAUUCUUGACUGUUUUUAAGUUGUUAUCAGAUAUUCAAAAGUAUUACCGAGUGCACUGGCGCCAUCUACCGGAAGCCAGUUUUCAUGGAAUGAGUUCGUUCACAAUUUAUGUUUUUGUUUUUAUUUUUCCAAACAUUGCUCAUAUUGUGCUAAAACAAAAAAGUUUGUAUUUUCAUCUAUGUAUCAUAGACUAACAAUAUUACUCCUUCCGAUGACGAUCACCUUUAAUAACAUGAAUUCUAUUCACAAUUUGUUUGUUUUGUCGUCCUAAAACCGCAUUCUUUAAGUUUAGCUUUAAACGCAUGAGCUCUGAACGAAGCAGAACUGAGAUUCGUAGUCGUCGUCUAUAUGCAAAGCAUCGCGUCCUUCUUUAAAUUAAAUUCAUUAAUGUCACCUUCGUAAUCCUGCUGAUUAUUAAAUGCAAUAUACAUAUGAAAGUCUCAGUGAUGCAGCAGUGACUAUCAGUGUUUUUUUCUGUGCUGGAGACAAAUUAGAGGAUGUAAGAAUCCCUGCAAAGAUGCUUUAUUUUGAUAAAAUAGAAAAAAAAAAGGAAAAAAAAAAAGAAUGUUCUUCUAUCAUCGCGGCUGGUAGCAAACUCCCGGGUCACAUCCUGUUCUCUCUGCUUUUUAUAAAAUAAACAAAAAUAUUACUGUGAAGCUCCUUAACAUUUGUACAAAUUGUAUACCUAUGUAUCUUAAAUCAUAUUGUAAUAUUAAGUAACCAAUGAGAGCAUUAGACGAUGUUAUGUAGCAUGAUCUUUGUUUUUUUUUUUUAUUCGUCAAGCUGUUAAUAAUAUGGAUACAGAACCAUGUCUAUAUUUCAUUUAAAUAAAAGUUAGUGCUGUAAAGCCA